UAAAAACGCCACUCGGUUUGAGAAUCUGUGGAUGAACUCAAUAAAUACAGUGCAACUUCCUUCCGGUUAUUGACGCGACCGUGUGAGAUCAAACCCGCCAUCAAAGGGGGCUGCAAACGGCGUCGCCUCAAAAAAAAAAAAAAAUUAAAAAAAAUUUAAUCAGAAUCAGAAUUUAGUUCAUCCUUCCUAUUGUCAGGUAGAAUCGUGUAUGCCUAUCUCAUAAUUAAAAAAAAUAAAGUUGAAGGGAGGCUGGCCGAGUCUGACUUUUCGACCAAUCACAGAACAGUUGAUAGACAGGCUCUGCUGUAUCAUAUGUUCAUAGAAAACCACUAUACCCAGACUAGUCAAAUCUGGACUAGAAGGCCAAAGAUUCUUUAAAACAAAGUUUCAGAUUUGUGAAACAUUUAUUUCUAUUUGUAAAAACACCAAAAGAAUGGUUGAUUUCACAGCUUUUUUCACCUCUGGAGCACAUUGGACCAGGUCUGUCUCAAAAACCACUUGUCUAGGCAAGACUUGUCAUGUCUGGACUGGACUGUCACAGGGAGGCCAAAGACUGUGUAAAACAUAGUUUCAUAUUUGUGAAACCUUUAUUCUAUUUGUGAAAAUGCAAAAAAAAAAAGAAACAGUUUUUUCACCUCUAGACGACAUUAGACCAGGUCCAGAUGGAAAACCACUAUAACUAGACUCAACGUUUAAGACAGUUAAGAGAAGCGCCAACAAUGGAGGGCCAGGAGGACAUACUGCAAUUUGCACUUGUCAAUAAGUUUGGAGAUUAUCAUUCCAACACCAGCUUGGAUGAACAAUUCCAAAACGAAAUAGCAUUCAGAAGACGGCAGGUGGACCGCGCUGCUUUAUUGGGGAUACAUACUCGUGUCGUGAGUGGAAUGGUUAGCAGGCUCGACUGUAGUGGGAUGUACUUACAAAAACUAAAAGGUGUGUGUGAAUAUGUGUGUGUGCGCUUGCAGGCACGUUGCUUAUUGUCUGCCUCCUCAGUGAAAUGACCCAGCAGGCGGACCGGACACAAGACCUUCGAAGCCCGCGGGGAUGCUGAAGUGUGUGUUUCCAGACUCUCUGGUGACGGCGUCAGAGUGCGGCAGAGAGCUGGGGAAGUUCAGUGUGACUGUGGAGUUUGCCUGCAGGCUCCAGCAGCCCUGUAUACUCCUGCAUGCUCAGAGCCAAGGGGUCAUCGACGACGCCCCCUGUGGAACAACAGUCACAGCCUACCUGUCCACCAACCUGGAGGUGCUGGAGGAAGAUUACCGUGAGUACGUCAAACUUGAAGGCCACGGUCUGGAGAAGAGGUGUCACAUGGUGCAGCACAAAGGGAAGCUGGUGAUCAACAAAGUCACCACUGUAGGAGAGGAGGUGACGAAGGAGAGUGUCUCAUAUCCCACAUCUGUACUGAGAGGGUUGGUAACAGAGGGAUCCAUCCUGCUGCUGAUGCGCCUGAUCAACCUGAGGAAGAAGGUGCCAGAACACAUGACCUUCAUCUCCUUCGACCAGAGAUUAAACAUGAUCCAAACCACCUUUAGUGAGCUGGGUCUGAAGCAGCUGGACGUUGGGGGUGAGACCGUGGAGGUAUUCGGGAUGGAGAGGACCGUUCACUCUGUGGAGGACAGCCCCACUACGUGGCAGUGCUACUUCCUGGAUGAUGGGCACUUGGCCAGCAGAGUGCAGGUCGGGUCACCGGUAACCAUGAGGCUUCUGCGGCUGCCGUCACAGCCAGAACAAGGUUUUGAGAAGAUCCCCCUGGUUUGGGAAGAUGACAUGCAGAUGCAUUCCCAGUUCUUGGACAGAAAGGAUGAGCUAAAGGCGGACCACACCUCGUACCUGAAGCAGAAUCCAGACAUCCGAGCCCUCAUAUCGGACUUCCUGCAGUUCUUGUUGCUGAGGAAACCAGAUGAUGUCUUCCAGUUUGCCAGAGAUUACUUCCUGCCGUUCGCUUCUCACCGUCCUCCAGAGUCGACCCUGAAGGCUUCGUCGCUCUGAAGGCACACUCAAGGGCCACGUCUCACAAGCUCAAAACUCUCUUUCAUAACUUGAUGUUUAUUUAUCACUUAUUUAUCAUAAACGGCUAUUGGUAUUGAGUAAAUAUGGUGGAGAGGAACAAUAACUUUCAAACAUGAGACUUCACCUGAGUGAUCAUGCCUGAAAAACUUGAAGCGAUCUGAAUAAAGUGAUUUGUUUCACAGUG